GCAGAGAGUCAAGGCAGCCUCUAGCAGGCAGUGUCCUCCAGUCUCUGCACUUUCCUCCCUACAACUCUCACAACUGCCACAUCUGCUGUAACAGACUCAUCUGCCUGAUCCCUCUCUGCCUGUGUCUUAUGGAUCUCUAGCUGACACUUUGGUGUUGGGAAGAAAAGCUUUUUGCACAUAUCCGCCUGCCCUGACUGCCAAUCCAGGAUCUUUUCAUUUUUUUAAAGGACUUAUCAGGAUAUUUACUGGAAAAGUUACCGGGGGAUUCACGCAGCAUAAUGGCACGUUGCUUACGGCCAUAACCCUAAAGGAUUAAUUUCAACAAAAAGGCUGGAAAUUUAUUACCUCGGAACUCUCUUUGGAUACAGUUUUUUUCCUUUCUUUAUUAAAUUUAUUUUGUUAUUGGGUUUUGAAGAUGAAGAUUUAUUUUCUGCUUGGGACUUUUCUAACCUUUCUGCUGCACACGAGGAUCUGCCAAGGAAUUAAAUGGUUAGCUUUAUCCAAGACCCCCUUAUCCCUGCCGUUGAAUCAGACCCAGCACUGCAAGCAACUAGAAGGCCUGGUCUCCUCUCAGAUGCAGCUGUGCCGGAGCAAUUUAGAGCUUAUGCAAACCAUCAUUCAUGCAGCCAAGGAGGUGAAGAAAACCUGCGUUAAAGCUUUCACAGACAUGCGGUGGAACUGCUCCUCCAUCGAGCUGGCACCCACCUUCCACCAGGAUUUAGAGAGAGGUACACGGGAGUCAGCGUUUGUGCAUGCUCUGUCCGCGGCGGCCAUCAGUCACACAAUCGCUAGAGCCUGUACAACUGGGGACAUCCCCGGCUGCUCUUGUGCUCCAAUCCCAGGCGAGUCCCCAGGACCUGGAUACCGGUGGGGAGGGUGUGCGGAUAACCUGAAUUAUGGAAUUCUCAUGGGCUCAAAAUUCUCAGACGCCCCGAUGAAAAUGAAGAAGUCGGGAUCGCAAGCGAAUAAGCUCAUGCACCUGCACAACAGUGAAGUGGGGAGACAGGUGCUAAAAGCCUCGCUGGAGAUGAAAUGCAAGUGUCAUGGCGUCUCGGGAUCUUGCUCCAUUAAAACCUGUUGGAGAGGGCUGCAGGAGCUCCGGGAGAUUGCGCUGGACCUCAAGACCAAGUAUCUGUCAGCGACCAAAGUGGUCCACAGGCCCAUGGGCACCCGAAAACACCUGGUCCCCAAGGACAUUGAUAUAAGGCCGGUGCAGGAAACAGAACUGAUUUAUCUUCAGAGCUCUCCGGACUAUUGCUUGAAGAACGAAAAGAUGGGAUCCCACGGGACCCACGAGAGGCAAUGCAAUAAAACGUCCAACGGUAGCGACAGUUGCGAUUUAAUGUGCUGUGGGCGGGGCUACAACCCAUACAUGGACAAAGUGGUGGAGAGGUGCCUGUGUAAAUACCACUGGUGUUGCUAUGUGACCUGCAAAAAAUGUGAAAGGACUGUGGAGCGGUAUGUGUGCAAAUGAAGCACCCUGGGGUGCUCGCUCUGCUCGGAGUGCAAACCAACACGGCAACAAAGCACUGUCCGUCAUUGGAAGAGACGGCUUCUGGAUUCCUCCCGGGCCAGCUGGUGAGCCAUGGAGGCAAAAAGCAACUGCCGUCUCCAGAAUUCCCUGUGGUUCAUCUGCCAAUGGUCUCAGAUUGGAUUUUGUUUUUUGUUUUUCUUCAAUUAGGUGCCAAAUGCAAAAAAAAAAA